CCAGGCAUGUAUAGAGAAGCAAAGGUACUGCACCCUGCGAAGUGAAGAACACGUAUUCUGAGGGAAGAGCACCCAAGAAACAGUGGACCAAUAAGAAAGCCUUACCUGGAUAUAUCCCACAUAGAAUGUAGCUGCGCCUUUCCAUCUCUUUCUACAUCCUCUUCCUACCACGAAAUUCACAGCACCAUGGGAGAAGUCCAAAAGGGUUUGUUUUCAGUCAUUGAGAAGUUAAAGGGCACUACAGAGCAAGAGCUUCGGAUAGUCCUUCUCGGUCUGGAUAAUGCCGGAAAAACCACUUUGUUAAAACAACUUGCCUCCGAAGAUGUGAACACCAUCACCCCGACUCAGGGUUUCAACAUUAAAAGUGUGACCUGUGAUAGCAUGAAGCUGAAUGUGUGGGACAUUGGAGGACAGAGGAAGAUUCGACCAUUCUGGAAAAAGUACCUGGAGAACACAGAUUUAUUGAUCUAUGUGAUUGACAGCGCAGACAAAAAGAGAUUUGAGGAAACAGGACUGGAGCUGUCGGAGCUCAUCGAUGAGGAGAACCUGAAGGGUGUGCCAUUGCUCAUCUUUGCCAAUAAACAAGACCUGGCCACGGCCUCCCCUGCAAGUGAGAUCGCAGAGGGCCUUAACUUGCACACGUACCGGGACAGAGAGUGGCAGAUCCAGGCCUGUUCUGCCGUAUCUGGAGAAGGUGUACAGGAUGGCAUGAACUGGAUCAGCAACAAUAUUGUAAAUAAGAAGAAAUGAAUCUGCUCUCCUCCGAGUGUUAUUUUGUACAAUUGCUCUAAUACUUCUGUUAAUGUAAACCAUAUAUAAUAUAUUAACUUUGGAAAAUUCUUUUUGUAAUAAUAUUAAUGAUCUUUCUUCCUGUUUGUAAAUUGGCUGCCAGAAGAGACAGACAAGAAAACAGCAAAACAAAUCAUUUUCCCCAUCUCUUACAAAGAGUUUUUGUUACUCUCUGACAAGACAAGUUUCCUUACAAUCUGUAAAUCUCGCGGUCGCUGUCGCAUUUAUGAGCGAUAUGACAGACAAGGGCAUAAAUAAUGCACACAAGCAAGAUUUGCAGCCUAAAAUAAGGAUGAGGCAUUCAUGUAUCUUUCACAUAUAUAUAUAUAGUCUUCUUCAACUGUUUUGAUAGUUGUCACACAGAAGAAUUAUCUGUAACAGAGCAAAACUCUUGUACUUGUAAGGCAAUAUGUGAAACAAAUGUUUUUUUUUUUGUUUUUUUUUUUGUCUCGGUUUGACUGGAUUUGGUAGUUUCUAAAUGAUUAUCCAGUGUGGGCACCAUGUGUAUGAUUAUGUGAAAUGAAACUGUGACAUUACAUUUUCUCUAGUUGUUUCAGAGUAUGACUUUAAUUCUAAUUCAAGAUCCUGGACUAGUCAUGUUCAUUUUUUCCACGUUUCCAAACCUUUUUGGAAGAUCUAAAAUUGAUAUUCAAGCAAUAACACACAAACAAGUGUGCUGUUCUGAAUAACAUGUAAUUACAGCAGUGAUGUUGGAAUCAA